AUGGUCGGCCGCAUUCCCUUCAUCCGCUCAUCCGAGUCCUUGUGCUAUGGCGUUGCCGGCGUCGGUGCUCUCGCACCUUUCCUAUGCUUUAUCCCCGGCGCCGAAGAGCGCAUCGCUAUGCAAACCGCGCGCUGGGCUCCGCGCUGGGAGCGGAAUAUCUCGUUUAUAACACCAACCGUUCAACGUGGUAUCCGACGUGUAGAGCCCCCUUUGUCAAAGACGGUUCGAAAGAUUGAGAAUCGCCUUCCCCUGGAAAAGGUCGCGCGGCGCGUGGAUACUGGGAUUAAGCGUGGUCUCGUUAAGGUGUCGAGGUAUUAG